AUUCAAAAUUCUCACUUUCAGAACCCAACCAAAAAAAAAAAAAUCUCUCAAUCGUUUACCUCAUCCUCUUCCUCUUAUCCUUGUAACUCAGCUAUCAAGAAAGUCGCAAAUGGGAGCAAAAACACGGUCUCAACACUCAUCAGAGCGUCAGAAGUGGGAUCAAAUAUUUGAGGGUUUAGUUAAGAUACUCAAAACCCAGCAACUACAGCUUGAAACUCUGGCUAAAGAACGAAAAAUUAUCGAAGAUCGGAUCAAGAUGCAAUAUGAACGGUGGGUAUCUGAUGUUCGCCUUUAUGAAGAUCACAUUUCUCAGAUGAAAAGUGAGUUGCAAUCGGAAGAGAUGGCUCGUGUGCUUGAGGCUACAAAAGCCGAUAUGAUGGUAGGAUUGAAGCACAGAGAAGCUUUUCUUUGCGAAAUGAAAUUAGAGGAAACGGAGGCUGAAUUAACUGAUUUCAGAGUCUGGUUUAACAUCCUCGGUAAAAGUUCAAAAGAUAUUUCUCAAAGGGAUCCCAUCGAAACCAAAAAAGGAAUGUCGGGAGGCAAGCGUAGUGGUUCAAAGUCUGUUACUUUGGAAACAUUGGAAGACAAUGUAAGAAGGCUAAAGCUUCAAUACGAAAAUCUUGUUUCAGAGAAGAGUUCUCAAGCCACUGCACUUAUGGCAGAGAAUAAGUUUGCAUGGAAUCAGUUUAAUAUUCUGGAAAGUCGGUACACGGAUAAAUUAAACAGCAAGCAGUCUGAACUUGAAAAGGCUAACAAGCGAAUCGAGGCACUUAUUUCCCAUAUGGAGGAGCUGAGAUCAUCAAAUGCUGAAAAGGAUGAAAUAAUUGAGAGAUUAAAAGCUGAAUUGUCUCAGAAGGAGGCUGAUGCAAGUAGAUUCCGAGAGGCUUCUAAAAUUCCUCGAGAUGUAGAAUUGUCAAGGAAGUCCACAACUGCUUCUCAUACACCUGUAAUAAAACGAUGCACUGCAGGUGGAAAAACUUCCAUUCUUAGAGGUAAGAAUGGAAGCAGGGAUAGAUGCAACAUUAUUGUCCGGACAGAAGACUCUAUCCCUAGUGUUCCUGAUAUUCAAAAGAACAAUGAAAAGGGAAGCAGAAGCACAAAGAGGAAAAAGGACGAUGCUAUACCCCCUUCUGAAACUCUGAAAUUGUUCACUUCUACGUUCAAAGUUCCCAGAUUGAAAACCUCGUCUCCCGAUACAGGAUGACCAUCUAUCUUCUUGGCUACGGAGGUUGCUCUUCUAUGUACUUUUUUUUGUUUAUUAAGCUGAACCUUAGCAGUUGUAUCUUUAACCGAUGUGCAUUAGUCCCAUUCCCUGGAGGCUGGAGCAAGUGUUUGUGUAU